AAAGACCCCCUCGGGCAAGCCAGCUCCUUUAGCCCCAGCAGAUCCCGCUGCCGUGACGUCACGGAAGGGGCGGCGCUCGGCGCGAAGGGAGCCAGCCGGAGCGAGGAGAACUGGAGAGGCAGAGGCAGAGCUGCUUGGGACGCCAAUGCAGCCUGGCGCGGGCGAGGAAGGAGCGAGCCGGCGCAUCCCGCGGGGAGAGGGCUUUAACUCAGGGGCGAGCGUGGGAAGCCCGAGUCCUCCUCCUAUGCGAGGUCUCCCUGCCCUUCGCGGCCAGAAUUGAAAACUAAAUAAAAAGAAAGGAAGGAUCCAGGAUGGAUAAAUAUAAAGGUGAUUUUGAACAACAAGGGAUUUGAGUGCACGAGAAUUAUUGGAUUUCUUUUCUUGUUCUGAAACUUUUGUGGAUGUGACAUUUUUAGCUACUCUGGAGCAACUGCUUACAGAACUUGAAGAUUUUCUGAAGAUACUGGACAAGGAGAACCUCAGCAGCACCGCCGUUGUGAAAAAGAGCUUCCUCGCUGACCUCCUCAGGUUGUGCACGAAAUCAAGUGGUGGUGAUGAGGAAUACAUUUACAUGAACAAAGUCACCAUCAGUAAGCAACACGGUGAACCAGAGAAACCAGACAAAGUGUUGGGUUGCAGAGACUCCUUGACCAAUGGGGAAGUGGAACAGCAUUUGUCUCCACCUCAGAAGAGUUUGCCAGACCUCCCACCUUCAAAAAUAAUUUCAGAAGCAAAGCAACAUUCAGGAUCCAAAACUGAGUCUCCAGAAGGAUACUAUGAAGAAGCUGAGCCCUUUGGUGUCUCACUGAUUGAUGAUGGGGAAGCAGUCAGCAGCUCCUAUGAAUCCUAUGAUGAAGAAGAGAGCAGCAAAGGCAAGUCAGCCCCUCACCAGUGGCCUUCCCCUGAAGCUUCCAUUGAACUCAUGAAAGAUGCCCGGAUCUGUGCUUUCCUUUGGAGAAAAAAAUGGCUGGGCCAGUGGGCCAAGCAGCUCUGCGUCAUUAAGGACAACAGAUUGUUGUGCUACAAGUCUUCCAAGGACCAAAAUCCCCAGCUGGAUGUUAAUUUGUUGGGGUGCAGCGUCAUCCACAAGGAAAAGAACGUGAGGAAGCAGGAACAUAAGCUGAAGAUCAUCCCCAUGAACUCAGAUGUCAUUGUGCUGGGCUUGCAGAGUAAAGACCAGGCAGAGCAGUGGCUCAGGGUGAUCCAGGAGACAAGCGGUCUCUAUCCAGAUGGGCAAGGGGAAGGCAACCAGUAUGUCCCAGACUCCCAGAGACUUAGCUAUCCCAAGGUGGAGACGUCUGAGAGGUACUCAGUGGCAUCAGAAAGCGGAAGCAGCACUGAUGGUCACACAGAACUGACAGAAACCAAAGACGUUAAGAAGAAGGGCACGUCUGGUUUAAAACUGAGCAACCUGAUGAACCUUGGGAGGAAGAAAUCUGCCACGCUGGACAGUCCGGAAAGGUCUUUGGAUACAUGUACGUACCUGAAUGUCCUUGUGAACAGCCAGUGGAGAUCUCGGUGGUGCCAUGUGAAAGAUGGGCAGCUCCAUUUCUACCAGGACAAGAACAGAAAUAAAACUGCUCAGCAGCCUCUCAACCUGACGGGCUGUGAAAUUAUCCCAGACCCAACUCCUGAUCAUCUCUACUCAUUCCGUAUCCUGCAUAAUGGAGAGGAACGGGCCAUGUUAGAGGCCAAGUCUUGUGAUGAAAUGGGCCACUGGCUUGGUCUCCUUUUGUCAGAAUCUGGCUCAAAAACAGACCCUGAAGAGCUGACCUAUGAUUAUGUCGAUGCUGACAGGGUCUCCUGCAUCGUCAGUGCAGCAAAGAAUUCAUUACUCUUAAUGCAGAGGAAGUACUCUGAGCCGAACACUUACAUUGACAACUUGCCAAAGGGGAAGGAGGGACUAGAGGAGCUCUAUGAUGAUGUAGAUGUUCCAGAGGCAACAACAAUGGAGGAAGUGCCCCAAAAUGAAGGCAAAGAUGAGGGGGAUCAGGACAGAGUCUAUCUAGACCUCACGCCAGUCAAAUCCUUCCUUCAUUGUGCUACCAAGAAGCAGGACCAGUUUUCCCCAUCCGUUUCUCCAUCAUUGCAAAGAGCUUCCAGUAAGAGCUCAACAGACUCUGAGAGAGACUCCUCCAUAUUGCAUAAAGAAGCAGAUUUGAGUAGAAGAUCACUGGAGAUGCCAGACCCGAGGACUCAAGACAUUGAUGAGCCGCUCCCACCACGAACAACAACCAUCAAAAUUCAGGCACAACAGCAGCAAAUUGCUUUUCCUCAGAGUGGCCCUGAGAUUAAGGACACCACAACAAUUAUGAUUGCAUCCAAAGAGAAAAUGGAACGCUCCAAGGCGGUGAAUUCAGCAGCUGUAGAAACCAAACUCGGCAAGAACAGGACUGAGGCUGAAGUGAAGCGAUACUCCGAAGAAAGAGAUCGCUUGGAGAGGGAAAAAGAAGAAAUCCGCUCUCAGCUGGCACAGCUACGGAAAGAUAGAAGGGAGCUGAAAGAGAUGCUGAUAAGCUGCACAGACAAGAGCCUUUUGCCCACACUGGAGCAAAAACUGAAGGAAAUAGAGGAGGAGUGCAAAAGGAAAGAAGAUCAGCGCGUGGACUUGGAGCUGAGCCUCAUGGAGGUGAAGGAGAAUCUCCGGAAAGCAGAGUCUGGGCCUGUAACACUUGGCACUGCGGUGGACACCACACACCUGGAGAACGCAAGCCCUAAAAUGAAGGUUGCCAACCCUCUGAAUGGCACAGAAAACUCGCCUGUCAAUUCAGCAAUGGCACUAAAAAACCGGCCUUUAUCUGUCAUGGUCACAGGGAAAGGAACAGUUCUACAGAAAGCUAAGGAAUGGGAGAAGAAAGGUGCUAGUUAGGAAAUCCUAGCACCAAUAUUGGACUCAAUAUUAGAAGUGGCCAUUCGUGGACUACAGGAUUCUCUUGCAAGUACAGAAUGGUCUAGAUGAGGUAAAGCAUGGCCAGCUGUACACCAAGAAAUAAUGGAUGGACCAGGGUCAUAACCCAACAUGGCCUUCCAUCAGACUAAGGAAUUUGCUCCUUUUUUUAGCAGAGGAGUGCUGUGCAGCUGAGAGAGUUAACCCAAGUGGAAACCUUGCUUCUAACCUGGCCAAUGUACAUAAUGAUGCCUUUGUUUAUUUCUACUUUGGUGUUUUACUGUUGUCCAAUCCAGGAUUUGUUGUUAGCAAUAGAACAGCAAGGACUGAAUUCUUGCCAGAUCUGUUUAAUGUUCUUCUGAUACACCAGGGCCUGGGGAUCACGGAGGUAAAUUCAGUUUCCUGAGCUAAAAUCCUGAAAGCUGGUUAAGUAAAUACAAGUCUCUGUGUCAGACUUUUCUGUUGGAGAAGAGCUGCUCCAACCAACGGAGACAAUUUUGGCCAGGGAGACCAAGAGACACAGCUAAAAGGUAUGCAGCCUGACUUUCCACAAAGAAUUCCUGACCAAAAAACGAGUACAGCUCAGUGGAGGCUCGGCAAAUGGGGCAGUGUCCCACCAACCCUUAGCCAGUUCCCACCCACCUGCCUGCCUUCUUACUCACAACCAGUCCAGGACUGGCACUGGCUGGGAACAUUCUCCUCCUUGGCCUCAGUUCUGCCCUUGUAGCACUCAGGAGGAUGGGGACAAAACUUAAAAUUAGUUGGCUAUGUCUUUCAUUGGCUCUGGCGCCACCUACUGUUGGCCUCCCAUCCAACUAGUCCCAGUGGGUGACAACCACUGCUACAGUUUCUUAAUUUUCAAUGUUUAAUGCUUGUACAAGGAGAGCCAGGGCUUUUUUUCAGCCGGAACUCAGUUCCAGCACCUCUCAGGUGGGUACCAUUGCCAAUAAAAGAACAAAGGGAGGCGUUCUUGGUGAGUUCCGGCAUCUCUUUUUCUAGAAAAAUAGCACUGAGAAGAGCUAUUAUCAGUUGUCGGCACAAGAGCAAUGCACUGGGUUCACAGGUGACUAGACAUUCCAAUACCCACAGACAACUCCUGUGAUUAAGAAGGGCUUUCCAGUGGGCAUAAGUAGCAGAGAUAUCUCAUUAUGACUAAGGAUCUACACUAAAUGCUAUAGAUUAGAGGCUGUGGAUGGGAAGUUAAAUCUUUGUGGAUUGGGGCCAGAAAGUCAUUUAACGUAAUUCUUUAGCCACUGCAUCUGUCAUUUGAGGAAUAAAGGGGUGGAAUCUUCUGUCCUAGCUUCCAAAAUGUGAUUAAGCAUGAUGGUGUGGGGUGAUUUGAAUGCACUUUAGUUACUCUGGAAUGCUUCAGGUUAAUAAUACACACGUAAUAGUAGCGUGUAGGAACAGAUGCCACAUCAUUAUAUUCUGCACAAUAGUUUAAGUGCACAAAAGCAAAGGAGAAUUUGUUUACCCAAGUAUGGUGAAUUUAAUAUCAUCCAAACAUUUGGAAGAGUGGGGAAUUCCACCCCUUUACCCUUGAACAUAUUCUUAUCAUUCUGUUUUCUGUAAACAAAAGUAUAAUUAGACCAAGGUAGAACUUGACUGAGCUGUGUUUCCCAAACCCAAGGAGAUUAAAUUAUGUAUAUAUGGCAGAGUUAGGUGUGGACUCUGUGCCAAAAAUGUCAGGUUCCUUAAUUUUAACCUUGAACAUGAAUAAUUUUUCAAAGCUAGCUGUAUACAAAGGAAAGAAAUUUUUAUUAAAUUGUUUGUGCUAACACAGUACUAAAUGCUGUAAAGACCACAGGUGCUUGAGCUCUGUAGUCUCGCCAUCCAAGGGCCUUUUCAGAGGAACAUUUUCUUGUGCAAUAAAUGUGCACUCCUGCUGGUCAGUCGCUGCAGGAUCUCCAAACAUCUUUCCCCAAACUACCAAGUUUAUUAUGGCAAAACAGCUUUCCCCCCUCAGCAGUAGAAGCGAUAUUUGCCCCUGGGGAAAUACUGAUAACAUCCGGGCAGUGUACAGCAGCUGGUGUACUUUGAUUUAAUUAACUGCUGUGACUUCUAGGCAUUGAGUGACUCCUGCUCUACUACUUCACUGGGACUUCUCUUUUUGCUCCAGAAAUAGGUGGUGGGGUGGAAAGGAAUAUUCACGCAGGAUUUUUCAUCCCACACCAGUCUUCUGCCAUUUGUAAACCAUCUCUUUCAGCCAAAAUGGCUUGAGUCAAGCAUGUGCCUAAGCAGGUACCCUGACAAUCAAUAAGAAUUUGCUGUUUAACCACGUUUGCUUUCUUAGUAUAUAUACCCCAUUGACUUUGUACCUGGUCAGCAUCCAUAAGAUUGUAGUCUUAGAAGUACUUAAUGCUGGCUGGAUCAUUGGGGCAUCAGUUGGAAAGGCCAGAAACUCACAAGGUGGGCACAAACCCUAGAUGUGAAUAUACAUUUUUUGAGGGGAAAACAAUCUCCAGGGGUUACUUCAUAUCAAGGGAGAACAGUUUUAAGUUUGCAGACAUAUAUCAUUUAAGCUAAAAAGCCACCUGUGUAAUGUAAUCGCUGUGUAUUUUUUUAAAAAACCAGGCUUUUUAAAACCACAGUACAAGCAUAUCCACUAUCCACAGGUUACAGGCCCGUCUGAAAGAGCUACACCAUGUGUGCCACCAUUCUGAAAGCAACAGGUAUUUUACCAUUUGUUGUACAAGUAGCAUCCACAGUUCUUGAAGUAAAUUGACCCUAGGAAUUAAUUGUGCCAUUUUAAAUGUCUUGUGGCGUCUGUACUGCAUUUGUCUCUCUUUGCUGGUGCAAGUGUUAAGAUGGGGGGAAUAAGGGCAGGGAAGAGGCAGAGGGGCCAAUAAAGUUUUGGUCCUCAGGUGCCACGACAAACUGGAAGCAUCAAGGGGGAAGGUGCCAGAGGUGUAUCCAUUGACUCUUUCACCCCAGCAUCUGUGCCGCAGAUCUCAUCCUGACACACAGUGCUGUGUUUCCUCCUCCUCAACACUGUAGCUGAUAGUGGUGGGGGGUCAGGGACACAAAAAGUCAAUAUGUAAAGCAGGCAGUUUCAGACCCAAAGCGUUCAUUUAACUCACCAUAGAAUGAAGUUGUUACUGUGUUCCUAGCUAAAAAUAAUACUUUCUAUUUGUUGUACAUGUGUCUUUUCAAUCCAUUGCUAUUUUAGAAAAGUUUUUUUAAUAAAGAAAAAGGUUGGCUAUAA